CAAUUUGGUGUGUUGUUCAGUGGAAUUUAGAAUUAGAAGCGAAUAGAAAUGCGGUGGAGACUGCUCCUCCAUGGAUGGGAAGCCUAACCCGUAUUCCUCCUCCACGGACCUCCUCCGCGACGUUCAAGCCGCCUUGAAACGACACCGUCCUCUCGGUUCAAUGCAGUCCAAUUGCAUAAGACCAAGGCGCACGCUACUUCCUCAAAGAAGAGCAUCUAGCACUUCUUCUUCUUCUUCCGAUGUCACCAAUUCUCAAGAAGAAGCUUCUUCCAAGGAUUCGCUCAACGCCGUCGUCCCUUCUCAAAACCUAGACUCUCAGAAGAAAGUCCAGUUUUCAGUUCCAAGCAACGCUGCCUCGCAGGAUGGAAAGGCCACUGAGUUGGAGAAUUUAUCUUCUCACAUGAGUUCGCUUGGAUUCGCAGAAAUGGAGUGGGUUGAAGGCAGCCAAAUCGAAGCAUGGUCGUCGUCGUCGUCGCUUGGAUGCAACCAGCAGGAGAGUGUUCAGCAGGCGGGGAUUGACGCGAGUUUGAAAUGCGAGAGUGGAGUGAGUUCCGUGCUGCCGAAGAGAAGCGUGGUUACUCCGGAUCAUUUGCAGCAAUUCAGAAGUUUUUUGAGUCAGCCAGCGACGCAAUCUUCGGUGGUCGGACCUACUUGUGCCACAACUACAUCUGUUCAUUCAACUUCAGCGCCAAUGCUGAAUUCAACAACACGGUAUUCUCAUUUCCGUCAAUAUUGUGGCUCAAGUGUGGCUGCUGAGCCUUUGGGGGAGGUUAAUGUUAAUCCAUGCCCUAUAACUGAAGGGGUUGUGAAAUCGAUUGAUGUUUCCAUACAAGAAACCAAUAGAAUGCCAGUUGAUCCGGGGGCAGAAGCUGAAGUCCGAGCUUCUGGUUCUUGUAUUGAUGAUGCAGGGUCGUUAUCUAAGGAGAGCAAUCAAUCUAAGGAGCAACAAGGGGGUGAGUUGAAAGAAUCUGGCAAUUCUAAGUAUACUUCUUGUGAUGAUGGGAAAGGGAAAGAGGCUGUGGAUGUUGCCACUGUACAAAUGCAGGCUCCACUUCCCACAACCAUAACCUCAUCUUCAGAUGUGAAGUUGGGGUCUUCUAAGGUAGAAAAACGAGAGAAGGCUGCAAGUAGUAAAGGUACAUUGGGUGCCCGGAAAAGAACUUAUGACCCUGAUUUGUUUUUCAAAGUCAACGGCAAGCUUUAUCAGCGACUUGGCAAGAUAGGUAGUGGUGGAAGCAGUGAGGUGCACAAGGUGAUUUCAUCGGACUGUAGGAUAUAUGCACUUAAAAAGAUCAAGCUCAAGGGUCGUGAUUAUGCUACUGCAUAUGGGUUUUGUCAAGAGAUUGAGUAUCUAAAUAGGCUGAAGGGAAAGGAUAACAUCAUACAGCUUAUAGAUUAUGAGGUGACUGACAAGGCUUUGCUUGAGGAAGUUAUGAAAGGCUCCUUCAGUAAUAAAGAUGGCCGGGUCAAGGAUGAUGGAUGUAUAUACAUGGUGCUUGAAUAUGGGGAAAUUGAUUUGGCUCACAUGUUGUCUCAGAAGUGGAAGGAACUGGAUGGAAGCUACCAAACUAUAGAUGAAAACUGGCUUCGAUUUUAUUGGCAGCAAAUUCUUUUAGCUGUCAACACUAUUCAUGAGGACCGGAUUGUGCACUCAGACUUGAAGCCGGCUAACUUCCUCCUUGUCAAAGGCUCCCUAAAACUGAUUGAUUUUGGUAUAGCCAAAGCAAUAAUGAGUGACACAACCAACAUCCAACGGGAUUCACAGGUGGGCACUCUAAGCUACAUGUCUCCAGAAGCAUUUUUGUGUAAUGAAACUGAUGCGAAUGGAAACAUCAUAAAGUGUGGGCGACCAUCAGAUAUCUGGUCCCUGGGUUGCAUCCUUUAUCAAAUGGUAUAUGGCAGGACACCUUUUUCUGAUUACAAGACAUUUUGGGCCAAAUUCAAAGUUAUAACAGAUCCAAAUCAUAAAAUUACGUAUGAACCAGUUUCAAACCCAUGGCUUUUGGAUCUUAUGGAAAGGUGUCUAGCAUGGGAUCGCAAUCAAAGGUGGAGAAUUCCUCAGCUACUCCAACAUCCUUUUCUUGUUCCUCCUGUACCAUCUCAUCCAUGUUUGCCCCAAGAUCAUAGCUGUAAAUUGCUACAACUUAUUUCUGAAACUUGUACAUAUGACCCUGAAGCAUCCCAACUGUGUAGUCGCCUCCAACGGCUUCUUAGCGACCCACUUGAGAAAACAACUCGCUCACUAAAUUCAGGAGAUCAACAACUAAAACUGCUGUCCCAAAUGUCAGAACUCUGUAUUCAGCUGCACGAACGUUUGACAAAUACUGAAUACAAGUAGAUGAUAAGGGAAGCUAGUGAGUUUUAUCAGUAGGUGUUCAAAUUGUUGGGCCUUGUUUAAUAUAUUUUCUGCAAUCCCGAUUUUUGCAUACUCUAGUUUUUCUUCCCACCUUACACCUCUAUCUCUUAUUUUUCCAUCACAUCUCCCUUAUUAAUCACUUUCUUUCGUUAUCUCCUCCCUCCCAAAUUGCAGGUGUGAAAAAGUCUUCGCAUUUUCUUUGAUGUACUUGUAGUAAAUGUAAUUUUUCUAAGUCAUACCAUUUUUCACGGGUUGACAGUUUACUAGGUGGCAUUGUAUGUAUUUCCUAUUAUUGAGAGUGGGUUGAAAUGUGUAGCUAGUGAAUCAAUUUA